AUGGUCGAUGCAAUAGUAGUUGACAAAGUUUACAACUGCACAGACUUACGUAGCUCUAAUCAAAAUGGACGCCAUUCAAACAACUCCAACGAAGGAAGCAGAUCCGGAAAUUUUGACACCGCCACCAACUCCGAAGAAAAAACAAUCUCAUCUGAAACGGAAACCCAAUACAGUACUGGGGUUUUCGUUGGACGAACCGCAAAAAAAAAUUUCUCGUCCGAAGGAACUGGUCAAUGCCAAUUCGGGCCAUCCCCUCAAGUCAAUUUGGUGUCUUCGGAGGACGAAGAAGACACGGAGUUAAAAGAGAUAUUCGACACUCCGAUACUGAAGUUGGGAUCCAAGAUGAUGAGUACUUCGAAACAAAACAUAGGAGAUUUCGAAACAUUUCUAAGUUUUUCCGAAGCUCUGUUUCAACACUCCAAAUUGAAGCUCCUUCCAUUUUUCCGACUAUACCGACGAAUAUAG